CGCUGUAUCCGUAACGAGUUGGUAAACGAACUCCUGAGCAUCCUCCUUCGCUGCCAUCAUUCUGGUAGGAUAACGGGACACAAUGGGGCGCAGAAAGUCUAAAAGAAAACCACCUCCGAAAAAGAAAAUGACGGGAAACCUGGACACCCAGUUCACAUGUCCCUUCUGUAACCACGAGAAAUCAUGCGAUGUAAAGAUGGAAAGAACCAGAAACACAGGAAUUAUAUCCUGCAGUGUUUGUUUGGAGGAGUUUCAGACUCCGAUUACAUAUCUUUCUGAACCUGUGGACGUGUACAGCGAUUGGAUCGACGCCUGCGAAGCAGCCAAUCAGUAGUCCUGCAUACCUCACUCUGGGAUCAUAUGUUUCCUCUAAAGUUUGUCGAUUCUUAGUUCCACUUUUUCCGUCACAUUCCUCCGGUCGGGUCAGGGUGAUGCCAUGCUUACCUGCGUCUAUCGUGGUUCUCCCUAUAAAUGUUAACAUGUUUCCUGUUUGUCUUUUUGUAAAUUUAAAUUCCUUUUGGAGUAAACUUUUUAUUUCUUGUGAAGGACCAAAAAACAAUG